UCAGCCUCCAGGCACGUGAUUCUUGUGCUGACUGAUCCAUCGGCACGUGUUGACCGCGCGAUCUGCAGCAACACUGACGUCAAAUCAGAGCUGUCCACAUGCAAUCGUUGGGACACUGGCUCGAUGAAUAUUCACUUGAGAAGCAGAAAAAUACCGAGAUAGCUACACGUAAUGCCCAACCCUUAAGACUGGUAUAGCGUUCCUUCUAUGAGUUUUGCUGCGGUCUGUGGGACUCCAUGUAAAUCGAAUCCUGUGAAAUAGAUUGUGAGCAUUCCAUCGGAAAGGCGACCGGGAGAGAGCUUGCCUAUCGAUAAGAGAAACCCUGCAUGUGGAUCUGCUCACGAUCUGGCGAAGCUCCGUCGGGGUGCAUUCCAAGCUCUGACAGUCGUCGUGCUUGUCAGCCGCCCUGGAGAGCUGCUCGUGAUCUCUCUCAACUGGACCAACUCUGUGGAGGAGGAUUAGCAUUCCGCAGGACACUCGCGAUUGCGAUGAAUGCUGUAGGUUGUAACCCGGGUCGUGUUUUCAGCCAUCAGUCGCAGGUGGUAAUCCAACCUGUUGUGUGAUCAUUCGU